GUAUUUAAAUAUCCAGUUGAUGGGUGUUGAAUGCUGAUUGUCUGCCACUCUGCUAAAGUUGUUUAUAAUAAUUAAACUUGUUUGAAAAAAAAACUACUAUUUUAAUUGUUUGUUCAUUGGUGCAAUAAUAAAAAUUUGUAAAAAUGAAAUUGUUUUUAUUGUUUUCUCUCGUGUUGUUUGUGCGGGCGGAAGUCGAAAAGCAAAAUAAAACUGGUGGUUUUGGUUCAUCUUUCAGUGGCAUAACUUCAAAAGAGGGUACGAUUGAUUCAAGUGAAACACAACCAGUGGAAGUACAUGAUCAAAAUGAGGACAUAAACCACCCAAAAUUGCUAUCAGAACCACCAAAAAAAGAGAAAGGUCGUUUAUCUGGUAUAGGUCGUGGGAUUGUUAAAGCAACAGGAAAAGGAAUAUCAUCAGUUGCAGACACAGUAGGAAGCGGAAUUUCAUCAGCAGUGAAAGCAGGCACUUCAUUCAUACCAACACCAAAAACUGGUGGUUUCGAUUCUAUUAUCGAUAAAAUUCCUGGUGCUGACACAUUUGGGAAAGUUGCUGAUGAAAUUUUGGAUCGUGCUCGUGCAAUUUAUCCAGGAACUAAAUGGUGCGGAGGGGGAAAUAUUAGUAAAUCCGAUCAUGAUUUAGGAUUGUUUGCCGAUACUGAUGUUUGUUGCCGAGAUCAUGAUAUGUGCCCCAACAAUAUUGCCAGUGGGACAACAAAACACGGGCUUUAUAAUAAUGGACUUUUUACACGGUCUCAUUGUGAUUGCGAUACUGAAUUUUAUGAUUGUUUAUUAAAAAAUUCAAAAUCUUCAUUACCUUCAUCACAAUUGGGUAUAACAUAUUUUAAUAUUCUUGGACCUCAGUGUUUUAAAGAAGAUUAUCCAAUCAAAAGUUGUUUGAAAUCAGUUGUAACAGACAGUAAUUUAACAAAGUGUACGGAAUAUGAGCUUGAUACUUCAUCUAAACCAGUUUUCCAAUGGUUUGAUAACAAAUUGUUUUGGGGUGUUCCCUUAAUUAAUGGAUAAAUAAAUAAAAAUACUUCCAAUG